CAACUUUUGAGGCGCCGCGAGGAGCGCACCGAUCGUUUCAGCGCGUGCCGAAGCAUCACCAGUACCACACAACCCAGCUCCUCCCACUGCCGAGCGCUGGACCUCAAAAUCGACGCCUGCUAAGAGAUGGACGUCGUCCUGCCCCCGCAGACGACGGCGCCGCAGCGCACGGUCCAGCCGCCGGCGCACUUGAAAGGCGUCGCCUUCCCGCGCGACGGCUCUCCGCAAGAACCGUCAAAAAAGGAGGAAGGCUUGAGUGCUGACGAGCUCGCGAAGCGCCAAGCACGGCUGCAGAAGCGCGGUGCUCUGUUGCGGAAGGUUUUAGGUGCGGGCACGUACGUGGUCGACGAAGUGGGCGACUACCGAAGGAAGAAGGUGAAAGUGUACGUCCAGUACGAAGGGUUCCAGCCCGGCGCGAUCGAUCGCAAAAAGGAACUGCGAGUAGCUAUAUCCUUGCCAGAUUCAUGGGUCGACGCGCCCGCGAAACGGUUGAAGGAGGCCUUCCUCAAGACCUACAACUCGAGGUUCCGCAAGUCUCAAAUUGGGGACUGCCUGCUCGCGGUCAAGGACGACUCUUAUUUGACCUUUUCCAAAAAUGUGAUAGGCGACGACCGGUUGAUCGGCGAUGUGUUCCGGGAGAACGACGAGGUUUUUGUGGUCACGGAACAAGAUGUUGCUGACUUGGAUGCGGAGGUGGCAAAGCUAAAAAAAAUACUAAGUGACUACGAGGCCGAGGUCGAGAAGAACUCGACGGUGGACAUGGAAGAGUUAACGAAACUGACCACGAUCAGCCGAGAGAUCGACCCGGAGCAAGCCCAUUGCUUGUUGAUAGGCAUGCGCCAGUGCUACAUGCUGCCCGUCGGGCCCGAGUAUACCGUGGCGGACGUCAAGCGCUUCAUCAAUCAUAAGGGCGGGAGGGACGCCUACCCGCUCGGGUCGCUGGAUGUGGCCCUGGUGGAGAAUUUCGAGAUCAAUGUGUUGGGCGAUGGUGAUACGAUGGAGGCGCUAUGUAAACGGGUGUAUGGCGAGGAGGCGUCGUUGCCCAGGACAAUCCCGCUGUACUGGGGCAAGCGGCUCCAGGACCCCAAGUACUUCCUCUGGAUCCCGACGCUGCACACGCCCGAUUCCUUUAGAGGGCCCGGCGACGAGAACAGUGCCGAAGCCAAAAAGUCCGGGGCCGAGCUGGCGAACGACAUGGUCAACUCGGGCGGCGACUGUAGCGUUAUGUAG